AUGGCUGGCUGCGGGGGAUUGUCAGCUGAAGAAGAAAGGGAAGUUAACGGUUUCCUUGAGAGGGUGAAUAAGCUUAGAGAGGAUGAGAACAAGGAUGUCAUCUCUAAAAAUACAGCAGUCAAGUUUCUGAUGGCCAGGAAGUUUGAUAGACAGAGAGCACUGGAGCUGUAUCUUAAUCACGAGAGUACCAGGCGUCGAGAAAGUUUGGUCAACAUUUAUCCAUUGGAUGAUUGCCUGAAACAAGAAUUGAACACAGAGAAACUCACUAUUCUGCCGGGUAGAGAUAGACAUGGUGCAGCCAUUGCCUUGUUUACAGCCAGACUUCAUACACCUGCUUGUACAUCACAACAGCUAGUUCUCAAGGGACUCAUCUAUCAACUGGAUGCUGCACUCGAAAGUCUGGAAACUCAGAGACAUGGCCUGGUGUUUAUCUAUGACAUGACAGAAUCAAAAUACAACAAUUUUGACUAUGAGCUGAGUAAGAAGAUCCUCAAUAUGUUAAAGGGAGGGUACCCUGCCAGACUGAAGAAGGUUCUUAUUGUUACUGCACCACUGUGGUUCAAGGCUCCAUUCAAGAUACUUCGACUUUUUGUGAGGGAGAAACUACGAGACCGUGUGUACACUGUAAGUUUAGGGCAGUUAACACAACAUAUACCCAAGGAUUCACUGCCUCAGCAGUUAGGAGGCAGUGCCCCAGACACGCAUGGGUCAUGGCUACAAGUGUGUGCCAAAGUUUGCGCCAAUCAAACUGCAGACAUUGAUUCUUACUUUAUGACAUCUAAGAAAACUGUCGAACAAAAUUCACGUGAAUCCGUGUCUCGGAGGAGCUUGUCGAGUGAUAUGUCUGAUAAUUUGUUGAUAAGUGACAUUGAUUCAGAGGAAUCAAAAGAAACAAUAAAUGAAAAACACAACUGUGAGGACAAAGAAAAAGAGAUACAAAUGAAUGGGGAUGAGAAAGCAGAAAAAGAAGUGACAGUGGAAAAAGAGGAUUCCUGUGUGAAUAACUCGGGCAAACGACGUCGAGAAUCAGAUCCUAUAAUGGAAUCAGGAAGUGUGAAAAAGACAGUUGAUUCAGCCAUGGACUGCAUUAAUUCUGAAGCCAUUGACCAAAAUUUAGAGAUUCCCAAAAAGAAACGCCCUUUGUCAGGAAGUUCAAACAACAUGUUUGAGGACUCUGUACAUCGACCUGAAACAGGAGGGCUAACUUUAGAUGAACUUGCAGAACAUUGUCGGAAUCUCAAACGAAAAGGAAUGUACCAAGAAUAUGCUUUAAUCAAGUUAGAACCACCUAUGGGCACAUUCAAUGUAUCAAAAGCCAAAUACAACUUGCCGAAGAACCGAUACUCUGAUGUGCUGUGCUUUGACCAUUCACGUGUUUGCCUACCCAUAAAGGAGGGGGAUCUGUCCUCUGACUACAUCAAUGCCAACUACAUGGAUGGCUAUCUGCAGAAACAAGCCUACAUAUCUACACAGGGACCACUUCCAAAGACAUUUGGUGACUUCUGGAGAAUGGUUUGGCACUGCCAAGUGAUGGUCAUUGUCAUGACAACGAAGGCAAUAGAGCGUGGUAGGUUAAAGUGUGGUCAGUAUUGGCCAGUGGAGGAAGAUGCUGAGGAUACCUGUGACGAGUUCCUCAUCAUCAACACUGGAACCGAACAACACCAGGACUACACAGUAACAGGACUCUUCCUGCACAACACAAAAACAGAUGAGUCGCGUCACCUGACACACUUGCAGUUCACUAGUUGGCCAGAUUAUGGGGUCCCAUCAUCGGCAGCAGCCUUCCUGGACUUUCUACACCGUGUACGAUCCUGCCAGGCUGAUGCCACAACUCGCCUUGGUAAUGCCUGGCAGGGUCAUCCACUAGGACCUCCUAUGGUCGUACAUUGUAGUGCUGGGAUUGGCCGUACAGGUACAUUCAUGACAAUAGAUAUUUGUCUCAGAAAGUUAGAGGACACAGGACGCGUAGAUGUCCAGGAAACUGUACGUAGGAUCAGGUCACAGAGGGCCUUCAGCAUCCAGAUGCCGGACCAGUAUGUGUUCUGUCACCUAGGACUUAUAGAGCAUGCAAUGAGGCAAGGCAAGCUUCAGGAAAUUGACUGGACAGGAUUCGACGAAAGUGACAGUGAUAGUGAAUAAACUUCAUAGAUUUUGAAAUAUCAGGAGGUAUCUUUGUUAUGAUAUUUGUCAGUGAAAAAGAUUGAAUCUAAUUCUUAGGAUAUUCUACAGUGUCCCACAUUGGUAGAAUUUCUGUGAAUUUUGCAUUGAAGUCACAAGCUAAUAAAAAGUCAUGUUGUUUAAAGGGCAAAGUAUUGAUGUGAAGGAUUUUGAUAAUAAAGAAAAUGAUAAGAGGUUCAAAAUAAAAAAGACAACACUUAUCAAGUAAGAAUUAAGGCUUAAAAAUUACUAGAAUGUGUCAGGAUUUAAAAUCACAGGAAAAGGUAUGUACUAGUAAAGUGUUUCCUAUUCUUUGUUCAGUAUCUGUGAUACUCCGGGCUUAGCUCCAGUGUUGUUUGCUUAUGUUGAACAACAGAUAUUAGGCUAAAGAGUGAAGGAGUAGUUUUGUCACUAGAAUAAGAUGGAUUACUAGAGAUUUGUGGAAUUUUGUAAGUCCGCACAAUUUUUCAGCAAAUAUACGAAUGUAUAAUGACAAAUACUGCAUCUAUUUUGCUGUUUGAUAUAUUUCAUGUAAGAUUAUAAGUUACUGUAGCAUGUUGGAGUAUUUCACAAGUCAGCAGAUCAUGUUAUAAAUAUGGAAUAUUGUUGGUCACUAAACAUCUACCUGCCCAGUGUUUUAUCACUGAUCAAAUGUACA